AUGAAUCUAGCCAGGAGCAUCCAGCUAAUCCUGAUCCUCUGCCUUCCAUGCAUCUACGUGUGCACACCUGCCCCAGCACGUGGCCAUGCAGAGGAGCGACUACUUCAGGUUUUAUUCCGUCGCUAUAACAAACUCUCACGUCCUGUAGAGAACAUCUCAGAUGUGGUGCUGAUCCACUUCGGCCUUUCCAUCGCACAACUCAUCGAUGUAGAUGAAAAGAAUCAAAUGAUGACCACCAAUGUGUGGGUGAAACAGGAAUGGAGUGAUUACAAGCUGCGCUGGAACCCUGAGGAGUUUGAGAAUGUCACCUCCAUCAGAAUCCCCUCCGAGCUCAUCUGGAGGCCUGAUAUUGUGCUCUACAACAACGCUGAUGGAGAUUUUGCCGUGACCCACUUGACCAAAGCCCAGGUGUUCCAUGAUGGCAGAGUCAAAUGGAAGCCUCCUGCCAUAUAUAAAAGCUCCUGCAGUAUUGACGUCACGUUCUUCCCUUUCGAUCAGCAGAACUGUAAGAUGAAGUUUGGCUCAUGGACGUAUGACAGAGCUAAGAUUGAUUUAAUCAGCAUGGACAGCAACGUGGACCAAAUGGACUACUGGGAGAGUGGUGAGUGGGUCAUCAUUAACGCUGUGGGAAAAUACAACAGCAAGAAAUACGAGUGCUGCACAGAAAUCUACCCAGACAUCACAUACUACUUCAUCAUCCGCCGGCUUCCUCUGUUCUACACUAUCAAUCUGAUCAUCCCAUGCCUGCUGAUCUCAUGCUUGACCGUUCUUGUGUUCUACCUCCCCUCGGAGUGUGCUGAGAAGAUCACGCUGUGCAUAUCCGUACUCCUGUCACUCACUGUCUUCCUCCUGCUCAUCACAGAAAUCAUCCCUUCCACCUCGCUGGUCAUCCCACUCAUCGGUGAGUACCUGCUCUUCACCAUGAUCUUUGUCACGCUUUCCAUUAUCAUCACCGUGUUUGUGCUGAACGUGCACCACCGCUCAUCCCGUACACAUCGAAUGCCUCAUUGGGUCCGCCAGCUCUUUCUCCACCUGGUACCACGAUACCUUUUUAUGAAACGUCCUCCCGAUGCUGGAAAGAGAAACUGCCGUAAGCUUGUUGAAAUGAUGCACAGGCCAAUGGCACUGCAGCCCAUGCAGCAGGAUAACCCCACCUUGCCCAUGUCCCUUGAUUUGGGUAAGGUUUCUGCUGCUUCAUCAUGUGCAAUGCAGCAAGAAGCAGCUUCUAAAUCUCCUCUUUUCUGCAGCUCCCCCAGCAGUCAGUACUCCAUCCUUCAAGAGGAGCCCACAUACACAAACGUCACUCCUAGACUCACAUGCACUCAAGUGAACACUUCUUCUACCUCAAGUCCUUCUUUGUGUUCAGAUGCACCCCUUGGGCCUCUGCUUCAAACAUUAGCUCUCAGUGAGGUUUGUCAAUUUCAGUGCCACAGUGCUGAGAGUGUAUUUGUCGAUACCACAGAGGGUACGCAUGAGACAGAAACUCUUUGGCACUGUCAUAAGCAUGAGGAGACAAGUAUACAGACAUAUUUCACUGCAGAUAGAGGUGAAAGUACAAGUUCGUGUGUAAGACAGAAGAUCCGGGGCACUCAAAUCUCAAGCCCAAGCUGCAGUAAAGAAUCCAAGUUGGAGGAAACUGACUUUCCAGUGUCACAGUCACUCCUGCGGGCCCUCGAGGGAGUCCAGUACAUCGCUGACCAUCUCAGAGCUGAGGAUGCAGACUUUUCGGUAAGAGAAGACUGGAAAUAUGUCGCCAUGGUGAUUGAUAGAAUAUUUCUCUGGAUGUUUGUGCUGGUGUGUAUUUUGGGUACAGCUGGACUGUUUCUGCCUCCUUGGUUGGCUGGAAUGAUCUAGAAUCUGAUUGGACAAGAAACCCGCCAAACUAUUUCAGUGUCUUCAUCCAGAUCCACUGUU